AUGCCUUCGAAUUCAUUAGAAGCACGAAGACGUAAUCGUCGUCGUCAUCGACAACCAAAAGAAAGUUUACGGUCUAAAGAAAUUGAAACAAUAAAACUUGAUGAUAUACCAUCGCCAGUAACUUCAAAUAAAUUAACAAUAAUUCGAAGUGAAAGUCUAUCGUCCGAAGAAAUUGAAAUAAUGAAUAUUAAUGAAACACUAUCGCCAGCAAAUAAAAAUAAUACAACAACUAUUGUUAUUUCACCAUUUGUAGAAGAUGAUGAAACUGAAGAGGAAUCACCAUUGAUAAAAAUUAUUGAAAAAAAAGAACGAAAAGAUUGGGCUAAAAUUGUUGCACCUGUAGAGAAAGAUCAAAUAGAACGAAAAAAAGAAUCAGUAACAAGAAAAUUAACAAAAUUUUUUUCCAAAAUUCCAUCACCAAUUGGAUUUUUACUUGAUUUAAUCGAACAUCGUCAUGGUUUUACAAUACGUUCUUAUUUUCAAUUUGUUGUUUGGUUAUUUUAUUUAAAUAUUUUUACUUUUAUUAUUUGUUUUACAUGUAUUGUAAUGCCAACAUUUAUUUAUCCAAAUUCAAAAGAUUUUUCUACAUAUGCUAUGGAUCGAUAUUAUCAAACAAAUAAUAUUUCAAUGCAUAAUCAAUCAUCUGAUCAAUGUACUUUAAAUGAUCCACAAUGUAAAAUUCUUAAUGAACCAUUUUUAAAUCAAAUCAAUGAUUCAAAUGAAACAUGUUUAAGUGAUUCAUUUUUGGCUAGUAGUUGUUGUUCAUUACAUGCAGAAGCAUAUUUUGUUAAUUCAUCACGUGAAAGUGAAAGUGAUCGGGCAAAAUACUUGAGUGAUCUUAUUGCUGGAACAGUAUGUAUGAACUUUAAUUAUUAUAAAAAUCUCUACUGUAGAUUCUACCUAAUCUAA